AGGUCUGGUUUUGCCCCGCCCCUUUCUGCUCCCUCUCAGCUGGUGGGCCGCGCGCCUGGCUCUGCUCAUUCCUCGCCUUGCUGCGUCGCUGCGCGGUCGUUUCCUCUUCCUUCUCCUUUGGGGAAACCGCGCAGGCUGGAGGCCCCUCAGGCGCCCGCGAUGAAGCUGCUGAGCUCCCCUUGGGCUCGCUUCUACUCCAACAGCUGCUGCUUGUGCUGCCAUGUCCGCACCGGCACCAUCGUCCUCGGGAUUUGGUACCUGACCAUCAAUGCGGUGGUACUUCUGAUUAUACUGAGCGCCUUGACAGACCCUGGCCAGUAUCAUUUAACAACAACCGAAUUAGGAGGUGACUUUGAAUUUAUGGAUGAUGCCAACAUGUGUAUUGCCACAGCAAUUUCUCUUCUCAUGAUUCUCAUCUGCGCAAUGGCCACAUAUGGAGCAUAUAAGCAACAUGCGGCUUGGAUCAUCCCAUUCUUCUGUUAUCAAAUCUUUGAUUUUGCACUCAACACCCUCGUUGCUAUCAGCAUCCUUGUGUACCCCAGCACCAUUCAGGAUUAUCUGCGACAACUGCCAGCUAACUUUCCCUACAAGGAAGAAAUUAUGUCCAUGAAUUCCACCUGCUUAGUUGUGAUUAUUCUUCUUUUUAUAAGUAUCACAUUGGCUUUCAAGGCUUAUCUGAUCAGCUGUGUAUGGAACUGUUACCGAUACAUUAACAACAGAAACAACUCUGAUGUCCUGGUCUACAUUACUACUAAUGACACAGCGGUCCUGUUGCCACCAUAUGACGAUCCUGCAAAUGGUGCCACUAAGGAUCCCCCACCACCGUAUGUUUCUGCAUGAACAGCAGCAAGUGUGAAACUCUACCUAUAGCUUUACCCUCCAGAACAUCUGAGCAAUAGAUUGUUUCCUUUUCAAGAGAUGGAUGUAUACUCUCCCAGAUUUAUUUAUUCCCAUUUUGCUGUAGACAGUGAAAUAAAAUGUUGUUUGCCUAAAGCAGCAUUGAACUGGCUUCUGAGAACCAUUUUGAUUUACCUGCUGAGCCAUGUUAUAGGGUUUUAUUUUCAUGUCUUCUCCUGCAAGUCUAGAAAAGAUGUACUUUCUACUUCCAACAAAUACAGAUUGGGAAAUAUUUGGUUUUUGCUUUGUUCAGAACUUUUGAGCAAUAGGAAUCAGUUUCUAAAAUAACCUUCAUGCAACAGAUUGUAAGUCUGGAUUGUAUCCAGUCUGUUAUAAAUGGACCUUUUUGCUCAAUAACUGACUGAGCUCCAAUAUAAUCUCCCUGUCAGAGAAAAGAAGUCUUUUCCCAUUCCUUCCACCUCCUGAAGGCUCUCUUCCACAGAUUUCCCUAGCCCUCCACAACAACUUUCCAGGGAACUGCAGAGAAAAGGAUGAGUUCCUCCAAUGAGAGAAUCCAUGAGUAAAGGCCUGGUGCUCACAGGAAAUCUGGACUCAACCUUCAAUUCCUACCCCUGCAUUUUAAAACAUAAAACCAAUGGAGCAAUAUAUGCUGGCAGACCAUUGUUGAUAAAAAAAUUCUAGUAGUAUUUCUGAACUGUAUUUUUCAUCACAGAAUAUGAUUAAUAAUUCUAAGCAAAGUUCUCAGGUAAGAUAAUGAAAGCUUCAGUCUUCAAAUCUCAGGCUAAAUAUGGUCAGAUUUGAAGAAAUGAAUGUUCAUUAUUGCUACAGUGGAAUUGUGUUAAAAUAUUUUAAACAUUUAAAAAUCUCUUUCCUUGAAAAAAAAAUAGGCUUAGCAAUUAAAUUAAAAGACAAAUUUACUACUUGCACUAAGCUUUAAGCAGAAAUAUGCUUUAUCUGAGUGUCUAGUUACAGACUGGUUCUGGUCAUUGAGUUAUUUUAUAUACAGUAAUAUUCUAAUAUAAGAAUUUGAGCCUUGAAACCAGCAAAAUGUGGUUUUUCUAAGCAUUUGGAUCUAUCUAAGCCAUUACAUUCCUGUGUUUCGGAGGACCAUCUCCGGGAUACAUCAGCCUACAGACUUGCUUGCCCUUCCUUUUUGCUGUGAUCUUUAUUGGGGUCAUCACAAUUUUUGGAACAAUGUCUACCAAAUCUGGAUCCUAGAGUCACUUGUUCUGGAGAUUAUAGAGCUGCAUAAAUAUGGCUCUCUCAAGAACAGGGCUAGUACACCCUGUAUCAGGACCAAACCCUCCAAAAACCGACAGGAGCUGCUUUGUCUUGGAGGGUUAGAUCACAGGUGCACCUGACUUCACCCCCAGGGAUCUGAGCUGCCCCAGGGCCUCACCCUGAGGAACUGUCCUUUAAUAGAGCAAGGUGGCCCCAGAGAACACUUGUGUCAUUACUAUUUGGUGACUUGGCUGUAUAAAGAUUCUUGAUACAACAAAGAAGUAUUAAUACUAUUUCUUAGACUGUCUGUGGCCAUUUUGUAUUGGCUGCCAUUAUGCCACAUUCCCUUAACAUGAGAUAUCAUGUACAAGAUCAUGGUCCUAGAAAGGAAACUUAAAAGCAGCUUUGAAAACUGAAAGAAGUAACAGCAGCAGAUGGCACUGUCCGGUCUGCCUCAGGGACUAGGAGAUUUGGAUCCAGCAUUAACCAGAACCCUUUUUAAAAAACAACUCUUUUCUACACUUGCAUGUCUUACAUUGGUCACUGUGCUGUAUCUGCUGCAGGCCACUACAGUCACAAUGUUUUACAGUAUACCCAUAAAAUAGUUUACAUUUACAAAUUAAAUGUGAAAUGGAAGGGUUUGUCACACUCACUCUCCUGCCUUUUUCAGAUUCUUGUCUGUUACACAUACAAGCUCCAGGGGAUUUGCCAUGCAAUGGCAAACUUGUUUGCUGCUAUUUGAAUGUAUGUAAUAGCCCUAGGAUAUGGCGUGACAUGCAGAAUGGGAAACAUGUUAGCCAGAACAUUGUAUCUACCAGGUUGUCUAGAUAGUAAAUUUAAACCCCAACUAUAAGAAAUUAAUUUGCAAGUGGGAAACAGCCACUGCCAGCAUUUAAUGUUAAAUUAUGUACUAGAUGUAAAUUAUUUGAAUCAAUCUGAGCUCAAGUAGUUCAUUUUACUGUUUUAUUUUUUGCUGUCUGAUAUUCGUCUUUGUGACUAUUUCUAUUACUAAUAUCCAGCAGUUACAAACAAUGGUCACAAACCACUUUUGAAUCUGUUUGAUUUCAAUGGGAGUUAAAUAAAGUGUUCAGCCUAACCCACUGAAAUUGAUGGUAAUUUUAAAAUGCCUAAUUUUAUAUGGAAUAUUGUUCCCAGUGUGAAUUAAGAUCAUGCCAUCCAUCCUUUUGAGUCAUUUGGUGUGGUAAAUGAUAAAUACCUCUUGAGUAUCCAGAAUGUGAAUGUUUUGCCAUAAGAGCUUGCUUGUAAAUAUAGCACUUUGGGGGGAAUGUUAUGUUAAGGUAUAAAGCUACUGAGGCAAACCCUUUCUUUCAGAGGGAGCCGUCAGGAUAUAACUCAGAACUUGGCCAUCCAGGCUGAGGGGUACUGAGGCCAUAAUCCAAAAAAUAAUGUUUCCAAAUUUUUCUUCAUGUUUGACAGAAAAAAAAUAUCCUGCUGUCUGUUUUAAUGUAAGAAUAGUGCAUCCUUGUUUUUGCAUUUAAAACCGUUGUAGUAAGUUAAUGCCCAAGCCUGUUAUUUACUACUGCUACAAUUAUUACUACUACUACUAAUGAUAAUGAUAAUAAUAAUACUUAGCAUUUAUAUAGGACUUUCAAUACAUUUCACAGUCAUUAUUAUGGAAGUUUUCAACAACCCUGUGGGAUAAGUUAGUAUGAUAUCCAAGUUGCCAUUAUGGGGCUAUGUUUGAGUGUGGCUUGGCCUGUGGUUACCUAAUAAGUUCAAUGCAGAAUCAACAUUCAGGACUUCCCUUAUUUGGCUCAAAUUACAUGGGAUUUCAGUUCAUUCUGUGUGAACAAGCUUAACCAGCCCACUUAUAAUUUAAAGGGGAAAAAAGCCACAGAAUCCUGAUUUGGCAUAUUUUCCAAAUCCAUAGAUAGGGAGUCCUUGCCAAUUUUCUGUUGAACAUUGGCUGCUUUUAUGCCUACAAUUUCAGGGGCUAGAAGCAGCUAGGUUAGUGAUGACUAAGAACUCUGCUGAUCAUUUCCCUUCCUGCCUGGCUGCUCAAGUUGUCUGGCGUAGGUCAAAAAACUCACAUUGCAGAUUACUUUAGAGAGUUAUGGGGAGCCUGCGGCACACCAGUUCCUAUUAUUCUGGAUGCCUCUUCCCGUUCCUUUGUUUGGCCUGUGAGUAAAAUGUACUCUUGCUGUUAACUGCUACCUAGAGUCUCCAACACAGUGGCAGAGCACAUGGGCCAAGAUCCUACAUUGAAAUUGGGUGGCAUAAAUCCCCACAAGUGAAGUUAAGCAUUGAUUGUAAAAUUUAAAUUAAGGUCUUUUGUGGAAUGGCAAUAUUGUGCAACGAACUAAACAACCAAAAGUGUGCUACUGCUAAUUUCAGAAGGAAUGGAUCGGUAUCAGCUAAUGUUCAUAUAUAGUAUGUUCAACUCCACUUCUGGGGGCGUUGAACUACCGUUCUCAAGAUCAGCUUCCCAAUUAGUCAUGCUGUCUAAGAAAUUCUGAGAGUUGUGCACCCAAAAAGAAACUUUUUCCAACUCUGCAUUGAGUAAAACUAUGGUUGUUUACAGACUAGGCAAUAACGUGUCCCAUAAUAUGUGCUCACGCCCUUACUUUGGCAUGUUACCUCAAUGAGUUUAGGUAGAUUUGUAUUUGUUUGCUUGUUUUGCAAGGCAACAUGUAUUCUGGAAUAGGCCUCACAGUCAUGCUGAAUUCUAGACUUUUCUUUAAUUUUGGUUUGCUUGGAUUGGGUGUGCUGCUGCUAGCCUUUGCUUUUGUUGAACUACUUAAUUUUGUGGCAUUUUAAAAUGUCUGUAUGGAAAUAAGUUAUUGUACAUAUUUCUCAUUCGAUUCUUACGUGUAAACAAAGCUAUCUAAUAAAAGGGUUAUUUCCUCA